AUGUCAACGUGCAACUUUUCGUCAUACCUCAGGUCCCGGAAGGCAAAUUUUCUAGCUGAUAAUGGGGAGGGAUGGACAGUAGUAAUGGGCAAUGAAGCGGGCGAUCUUGAUUCUCUCGCUAGUGCACUCGCAUAUGCAUGGUUGCGCUCCGACACGAGCGAAAAAGCGAUCGCAUACGUAGCUACACCUAAGGAUGAUUUCGUCCUUAGAGCAGAGAAUUUGCACGCCCUCGGUCUCGCUGGAAUCAAAUACCCUUUUGAAGAGCUCUAUUGCUCUGGUGAUCCUAUGCCAUCACAAGUGUCGCAGUUUGCACUUGUGGAUCACAAUGUCCUUCACACUAGACAUGCAUCUCCAACAGCCAGGGUUGUUGCAGUGAUAGAUCACCACGAGGACGAAGGACAAUACAAGGAUACAGCUGAUCCCAGGAUAGUCGAACCGGCCGGAAGUUGCUCGUCUCUUGUUGCAAGAUUGUAUCAAUCGUCCCCCGAUCUUCCCAUACCCACAGAAUUGUCAAUGCUAUUGCUGAGUGCUAUUUUGAUCGAUACCCAUGGCCUAAAAGAGGGAGGAAAAGCUAUGGAUGUCGACAGGGAGGCAGCUGCCUUUUUAAUUUCCCAGUCCCUUUUAGAACACAAUGAAGAAGUCUCCGCAUCAUCAGAUAAACAACAAAUCACUCACCUCCCUUCCGUUCAGUCUCUGUCCGCGACGUUGGGAGAGAAGAAGCUAUCCGUAUCCCACCUCAGCACGCGGGACCUGCUGCGGAGAGACUACAAGGAGUACGCAUUCAGCACGCCUGCAUCCAAGGAUGCUACGCUAUCUUCCGAUGCAAUAAGAGCGGGUCUUGCCACCGUCCCACUUCGCCUCUCUGCAUUCUUUGCAUCAUCGAGUUAUCCUGUAAAAGAAAUUCAAGAUUGGCUCGCCGAAAGAGAUCUGAGCGUUCUUGGCAUACUCACUACUUUUCGAAGCAAGAAGGGCAAGGGAAGGCGGGAGCAACUUUGGAUAAUCAAGGCAGAUGAAGGCAUCGCAGAGAAACUUUGGCAGGGCCUCGAAUCAAGCGAAGAGCUCAAGUUGAAAAGGCUCGAUUUCUCAAAGUUCUUUGGGGAGUCAUAUGUUGCAAGGGCAUACAAGCAGGGUAAUGCGAGCGCGACGAGGAAGCAGACUGCCCCCAUUCUCCGGAGACUUAUGGAAGGGUUAUGA